AGGGAUCUGUCAAAUAUGGAGGAUUCAAACGACACAGACAAGAGCUGUCUGGAGAACAUCGACAAAAGCAGAGCGCUGUAUAUUUUCUACUCUUCUGUGGUUGUGCUGGAGUUUAUCUUGGGUCUCCUGCUGAACAUUUCAGUUAUCCAUCUCUUCAUCUUCAAGCUCAAGUUCUGGAAAUCUAAAACCAUUGACAUUUUCCUGUUCAAUCUGGUCCUGGCUGACAUUUUGUUGCUGAUUGGAUUGCCCGUAAAGGCGUACAACUUUCAGCAAUGUAGUGAAAAUAAGGUAGUGUGCAAAGUACAGCUCUUUCUGCAGUUUCUCAACCGAGGAGCCAGCAUCGCUUUCCUGACGGUCAUCUCCAUUUAUCGAUAUUUUAGCGUAGUCCAUCCAGGGAAGAGGAAACGGCUAAGGAUUUUGAAACGAUCACCUCAGAUUUCUAUAUUUAUCUGGGUGCUACUGGGAAUUUUGACUAUUCCAGCCAUGUUACAAAGUUUUAUCAGGUGCAACAGCAAUGAACAUGAUGAGGACUUCAACUAUGUCGUUCUACUGAGGGAAAUUGUGUUUUUUACCCAGAUUCUGAUCCCCUUUUUGGUUCUUGUGUUCUGCUCAAUACUGAUUAUCAAAAGACUCAAUCAGAAGUCGGUGGGUGACAAGACUAAGCUCCGGAGAGCGAUGUUCCUCGUCACUACGGUGGUUCUCGUCUUCGCUGUCUGCUUCUUGCCUUAUACCGUUACAAGAGCGGUGCAGCUAAAGAAGAAUGGGCAUGUCAUGAAAGAGGAAAAAGUUACUGUCGUUAAACUGUACGAUGGGUUUGUUUGUCUCUCUUAUCUGAACUGUCUGCUGGAUCCAAUCCUGUACUGCCUGAGCAGCAGUAAAUUUAAGAAGUUAUACAUGUCGAUGUAUCUCCCCUUUCUGCUGGAGAAGGAACAACCCGACAGUUCAGAUGACACUGCGGAUGAGUGAACCAGGCAUGCCAGCUGAAAAACAGGAUCCUUGGAAAGACUGUUGAGGGGAAUUUUUUAGUAAAUUAUUUGCAAUUGUAUUGUUUAAUACAUUUUGAAU